AUGUUAGACUUCGAACCAUUCAUCUCCAAGCAGACGGGCGCGUCCAAAGAAAAGCCCACAUCCAGGAAAGAGACUGAGACCAUGGCUGAAGAUACACAAGCUUCAACAGAGGAGGCUGAACCAACAACCCACGAGCGCAUCCUCAAGGCUCUGGCCGAUCAGCGAGCCGAAAUAUCAAAGCUUCAAAAUAAGCUCAAGAUGUCUAGACGGAGAGCCACCUGUGCAGAAGCUAAAGUCGAUGAAGCUGAGCAAAGAGCAGUUCAGGCCCAAUUCGAACUCGUCGAAUUUGAGGAAGAAGCGUGCGAAGCCGCCGAGGCUAUCGAACAACUCAGUCGAGAUCUUCAGACGGCCCGGGAUGGAGAAGCUCAGGCAAACGAUAAAGCGGAGGAGGCAAAGGAACAGCUUGAGGAGAUCUGGAAGGCAGUGCAGGAUAGUGGGGUUGCGCUGCUGGGAAAGAGGAAGGCUGCUGAGGGCCCCGAAGGACACACUGCGAAGAAGGUCAGAGUGGAACCGGAAGCCUAG